AUGACUUCCAAACGUUGUGCAGCUUGCAAACAAUUAAGAAGAAAAUGUCCUUCAAAUUGCAUAUUUUUACCAUAUUUUCCUCCAAAUAAUCCUCAAAGAUUUUCUUAUGUUCAUAGAAUCUAUGGUGCUAGCAAUGUUGGAAAGAUGCUCCAGCAAGUAGGAGAGCAUCAACGAGGAGAUGUAGCAGACUCAUUGUAUUAUGAGGCAUAUUGGAGGAUAAAGGAUCCAGUUUAUGGCUGUGUUGGAAUCAUUACCGCUUUACAUGAAGAAAUUUACCAUGUACAAUGCCAAUUGGCUAAAGUACAAGCUCAAAUUGACUUACUCUAUCAAAAUGGAGUUUAUACUUUUGACCCUUAA